AUGAAUUUUGAAACUUCACGGUGUGCCACACUACAGUACUGCCCUGACCCUUACAUCCAGCGGUUCGUAGAAACCCCAGCUCAUUUCUCUUGGAAAGAAAGUUAUUAUCGGUCCACCAUGUCCCAGAGCACACAGACAAGUGAAUUCCUCAGUCCAGAGGUUUUCCAGCAUAUCUGGGAUUUUCUGGAACAGCCCAUAUGUUCGGUUCAGCCCAUUGACUUGAACUUUGUAGAUGAACCAUCAGAAAAUGGCACAACAAACAAGAUUGAGAUUAGCAUGGACUGUAUCCGCAUGCAGGACUCGGACCUGAGUGACCCCAUGUGGCCACAGUACACGAACCUGGGGCUCCUGAACAGCAUGGACCAGCAGAUUCAGAACGGCUCCUCGUCCACCAGCCCCUACAACACAGACCACGCGCAGAACAGCGUCACGGCGCCCUCGCCCUAUGCACAGCCCAGCUCCACCUUCGAUGCCCUCUCGCCGUCGCCUGCCAUCCCCUCCAACACUGACUACCCGGGUCCGCACAGCUUCGACGUGUCCUUCCAGCAGUCCAGUACUGCCAAGUCGGCCACCUGGACGUAUUCCACUGAACUGAAGAAACUAUAUUGCCAAAUUGCCAAGACAUGCCCCAUCCAGAUCAAGGUGAUGACCCCACCUCCUCAGGGCGCUGUCAUCCGUGCCAUGCCUGUCUACAAGAAAGCUGAGCAUGUCACCGAGGUGGUGAAACGGUGUCCCAACCACGAGCUGAGCCGUGAAUUCAAUGAGGGACAGAUUGCCCCUCCUAGUCAUUUGAUUCGAGUAGAAGGGAACAGCCAUGCCCAAUACGUAGAAGACCCCAUCACAGGAAGACAGAGUGUGCUGGUACCUUAUGAGCCACCCCAGGUUGGCACAGAAUUCACAACAGUCUUGUACAAUUUCAUGUGUAACAGCAGUUGUGUUGGAGGGAUGAACCGCCGUCCAAUUUUAAUCAUUGUUACUCUGGAAACCAGAGAUGGGCAAGUCCUGGGCCGCCGCUGCUUUGAGGCCCGGAUCUGUGCUUGCCCAGGGAGAGACAGGAAAGCAGAUGAAGACAGCAUAAGAAAGCAGCAAGUCUCGGACAGCACAAAGAAUGGUGAUGGUACGAAGCGCCCUUUUCGUCAGAACACACAUGGCAUCCAGAUGACAUCCAUCAAGAAACGAAGAUCCCCAGAUGAUGAACUCUUAUACUUACCAGUGAGGGGCCGUGAGACAUACGAAAUGCUGUUGAAGAUCAAAGAGUCCCUGGAACUCAUGCAGUACCUGCCUCAGCACACGAUUGAAACAUACAGGCAGCAGCAGCAGCAGCAGCACCAGCAUUUACUUCAGAAACAGACCUCGAUGCAGUCUCAGUCUUCAUACGGUAACAGCUCCCCACCUCUGAACAAAAUGAACAGCAUGAACAAGCUGCCAUCUGUGAGCCAGCUUAUCAACCCUCAGCAGCGCAACGCCCUCACUCCCACCACCAUUCCCGAUGGCAUGGGAGCCAACAUUCCUAUGAUGGGCACCCACAUGCCAAUGGCUGGAGACAUGAAUGGACUCAGCCCCACCCAGGCCCUCCCUCCCCCACUCUCCAUGCCAUCCACCUCCCACUGCACCCCCCCACCUCCGUACCCCACAGAUUGCAGCCUUGUCAGUUUCUUAGCGAGGUUGGGCUGUUCAUCAUGUCUGGACUAUUUCACGACCCAGGGGCUGACCACCAUCUAUCAGAUUGAGCAUUACUCCAUGGAUGAUUUGGCAAGUCUAAAAAUCCCUGAGCAAUUCCGACAUGUCAUCUGGAAGGGCAUCCUGGACCACCGGCAGCUCCAUGAUUUUUCGUCCCCUCCCCACCUGCUGCGGACCCCCAGUGGUACCUCUACAGUCAGUGUGGGCUCCAGUGAGACCCGGGGUGAGCGUGUUAUUGACGCCGUGCGCUUCACUCUCCGCCAGACCAUCUCCUUCCCACCCCGAGAUGAGUGGAAUGACUUCAACUUUGACAUGGAUGCUCGUCGCAACAAGCAACAGCGCAUCAAAGAGGAGGGCGAGUGAGCCCUGCUGUGUGAGCUCCUUCCAUUCUCUUCCCUUCUGCCCAUCCCCCUAUAAGGCGCUACUGUUUGACCUUUCAAGCAUUCUCACUAUCUCCUUUCUCUUCUCAGUCUGGUUUCUUAAGGGAAGGAGAAGUCAGAAGCUACCUUUUACCUAACGUCCAAGCUGGUCGCUGAUUCUGGCUUUAAGCCUUCAAAUCUGUUGCUUGCAGGACGGAAGUUGUCAUGGCUAGGUAGAAGGGAGCAAAAAAGCAGUGGGUAUCUUCUUAGGCUGCAGAGAUCUCUCAUUGACUUUUAUAAAGCAUUUUCACCCUUAUAGUCUAAGACUAUAUAUAUAAAUAUAUAAAUAUACAGUAUAUAUUUUUUGAGUGGGGGGCAUUGAGUAUUGUUUAAAAUGUAAUUUAAAGGAAAGGAAAUUGAGUUGCACUUAUCAACUUUUUUUUUUUAAUUUACUUGUUUUAGGUGGCUUAUCUAUAUAUAUACCCCUUCUCUCAAGGGGUACCAUGUAUGGUAAUAUAUAUUUACAGCUUGAUGGUACAUGUGAGUGACAACGAUGUAUAUGUCCCUUCAGUUCCUUUGAUGCUAAACACAUGCCACAUCAAACCUGUGGAUAGAUCCACUUGUAUUGACCAUUACUUAUUAUGUGGGUGAGACUAUACACAUAUGCACAUGACUCCCUGUGUCGGUGUAUUUUAUGUUACUGGCAUCCCUACUAGUGAUGGUGGUUCACUUUGGGGUUAUUUAAUCCAAUUGCAAGAAAAAGUUCAUAUUCACAUUAUAAAAUAGUCAAGGAAGGAAAUGUUCUCUUUUGCUUUUGGUUGGUAAUGGGAAAUGUGGGUCAUAGCUAAAAUUCUUAAAAGGUCCAUGGCAGCCAGUUUAAAAACAACUAGUAUCAUGUAUCUGGAUAUAUCAGCAAUUCCCUCAAAUUUAAUACCAGAUACCUGAUCUCUUAGUAUUUAUUGGGAAAAUAUUUGCUGCCAUUAUAGAAGCCUUAAAACUAAAUUUUAUUAGAUUGGUACAAAAGUAAUUGCAGUUUAAAAGUUAGCAAUAAUUGCAAAAAGCACAAUUACUUUUGCACCAACCUAACACUAGUAGCUUGACUAACUCAAUUACAUAUUUGUUACCCUUGAUAGAAUUAAGGUUGAGUUGAUUGGGAUGAAUGCCGUAGUUCUUACAGUGAAGUUGUAAUGUCCAUUAAGAAUAUCCAGGAAAAGCCUGUGUUAUAUAGAAAUACUGAAUCUCCAGUAAACAAUAAGAGGUCUCAGUGAGCCAUGAAUUGAAAUUCUGAAAUUCUUGGAAGACCUCUUGAAACAUAGAUAAUACUGUUUGGUAAAUGUUUCUGUUAAAGACACUUAUAUUGUAUAAAAUUCUGCCAUGUAGAGACUUAUUUAUCUAUCUUUCCUCAAGGUUUAAAAUAGGAGUAGUGAUUUGGAAAAAUAUAAAACUAUGAGACUAAUUUUCCUCUGUGGCAUCAGUUGUAUCACUAUAUCACUUCUCUUUUUCGAUCAAUAAGAGCUUCACUUUGUUGGAAAGUAACUGUGAGAACCCAAUUCCCCAUCCGUCUUUCUUCUGGACUGUGCAUAGACAUCAAAAUGUCCCCACAGUUCAGGGGAUAAGCCUUCCAUGGAAGCUGUUGCUUGAACCACAUAAACAAAGAGUUGUCUUCAAACUUUGGAAAAACAUGUAAAUGACAACAUUCUCCUCCAUCUUUCAGAAACAUACUCUGUAGCAUUUUUUUUCAACUAUAAGAGAAAUAUUGUUUGUACAUUCUAAUGAGUUCUAAAAUCCUCUCAUACUUUCUGGUAAAAGGCUAUCAUUGCACAUAAGCUUCUAUUUUUAUUUUAAAGUGCAAAAGGGCUAAUGUGGCUUUAAAAUAUAAUGUAUGAGUUUCAUCUGAAAAGUGUAUAUAUGUUUUGCGUGUAAAAUUGCAUAUUUUGUGUUUCAAUUACUUUUUUUUUCUUUUGGGGAUACCAGAUUUUCCAGAACCACAACUGACACCUUUUUUAUUAUUAUUGUUAUUAUUAUUAUUAUUGUUUUUAUAUUUUCAUGGAAACAUCAGUUAGUAAGACUACAAUGUCAAAUAAGAAAAAAAAUCAUAAUUGUAAGAUGGGGGAAGGGAAAGUUAUCGUUUUUUAUUAUUAUUUUUAUUUUGUAUGUUAAAGAGAGUGAGUCCUUGAUUUCAAAGUUUCAUUGUGCUUAACUGAUAAUAAGCACUGCUAAUUUGUAGAACAAGCAUGCAGCUUUGAAAACCUAUUAAGGGGAAGAGUGAAAGCUGUGCCUUGGCAAAGCUGGGAGGACAAAUGGCUUUCUUUACUGUCCUGAGUAUUUGAGUAAACAUAAGGACUUCUGAGCUAUUUCAGCACUAUGCAGAUGGCACUAGGGACUCAGAAAUGCCUGUACUGUAUCUCUUAGGUUUGCCAUUAGCCAAGCCUAAGUGUAUCUACUGGCUUCAUGUCCUGCUGGAAAUUUAAUGCUCUUUGAGUGUAUGAGUCGCUAGGACAAUGGGGUAAGAGAAUAUUAAAGACAAACAAAUAGGAGUGGGCUGAAUGGAGUUCUUGAGGCCUCAGCUCAAUGCAAUUAGCUGAAAAAUGGAUAGUUUUUUGUUUGGAGGUGGUUAGAAACAGAAAUGGAGAAUAGAACUUUGUUCAUUAAAUCCAUUUACAUUUUGUUUUCUUAAUAUUACCCUAAUACAGUAUGUGGGAUGUUGAAUGAUAAAGGGUGUUUUUUUUUUAUUUUUAUAAUUGUACAAAAAUUAAGUAAAUAUCAAAUGUUUUAUAUACUUUAUUAAUGUUCUUGAAAGGUACUUUCAUAUAGAUGUGAUACUUUUUUUUAAAACUUCAUUUGCUUGUCUUUUGGUAUUUUGUGUUAUGGGCUUUUGGUGAGCCAGAGGCAAAUCUACAAGUCACUUAUGUUUGCCGAGACAUGCAAUAAAAUUAAAAAUUAAAUAAAAAGUCAUUGAGAAAUGGU